GACACCCAUUUUUUUCCUGGCGGCGGCAUUGUAGGUGAGGCUCAGGCUAGGCAGACGGCUUUCGAGCGUGAUUGGAAGGCAUUUCUUUCCAGAGUGAAUGUACGUGCUUACAAUUUUGCCAUAUUAGUCGGUUUAGUCACGCCUGCUAAACGUCUCCAGCGAAACUCUAAAUCUCGCACUGGCCCUUUGGUAGUAGUGAUCCCGUCCGUAGAGAAUGUACCCGCCAAUGUUUUAAGAAGAUUUGUGCUGAUUACUUCGACACGAGUGAAGACGCGUCGGGGUGUCCCUAUUUUUUUCGUUUUCGGUGUCACGAGCACUGAAGAUCUUGUCCUGGAAUCUCGCUGCGACGCUCAGACUCUCUCGCGUCUGAUCACAAAGCGCUUUCAUAUGCGGCCCCCUUCGGUCUUUCUGGAUGCUAUUUUUGCGGAGGUAUGGCGAUGA